AUGAAUCCGUUGAAUAAAAUCAUCUUCUUGUCUGCCUUUUUGGCGUCAGGAUUCCUUUUGAUUUUAUUGUCUUGUGCAUUAUACAAUAAUUAUAAACCAUUAUGGGUCAUUUUAAUAUUCUUGAUAGCGCCAUUACCGAAUAUAUUCUCACAAUCGAUAGAGAGCUCAAGGGAUAACUUUUUAACAUUCAAUAAUAACAAUGAAAAUGCCCCCUCUAGUCUAGAAGAGUUUUGUCAAUUUUUAACGGGAUUUUUGUUAAUAAGUGGUAUAUCAUUACCCUUGACGUUCUAUCAUACAAAUUUAAUUGAGUUAGGUUCUAUGUUAAUGAGUAUCAUUGGAGGCAUAAUUGUCUACAGCGAUAUCAUAGUGUUCAUUUGGUUCUUUAGCGAGGACGAAGAAGAUAACGAUGACUUCAACUUUUAG